AUGCUUUACAGCAAGAAUUCAGUAUACCUAAAAUCCGAAAUCUCCAAGCUUGCCAAACUAGGCAACAUCCAAGGAGGCAUCCCCCCGGUGAUGCGAGGGCUCCCCGUCCUCGCCAUCAUGGCUGGGGAAGCCGUAGCCCAAGCUACCCACGGCCGCAAUUUCAUCGAAGAGCGUAUGCUCGGCGCCGACGAAGCAAUCCUCCUGGGCGCCCCUCCGAAGCAGUUACCUCUCACGACACGUGGUGAUGCGGCGAGGCCAGGGGGAGUAGAUCGUGAGCCGGGAACAGAAGAGAAGCCCUAG